UAAUUUAUGCAUUGAAGAUCAUUGAACUCUAGGCUGUAUCAGACUGUGUUUUGUCAAAGAAGAAGCCUUCAUAAAAACAAAGGGGUUAUUUUUAGAUUCUUCCUUUCGCUCACUUGGGAUUUCAGCAUAGAUGGUACUCCUGGUAGACUGUAUGUUUGACGUCAGAGCCAGGCUUUGUAAUUUUGACGUGUAAAAGCAGAAUCCCAUCACAUUCCCCGCUGUAGCUUGCAGGUUUAUUCAGUAAGGCAACACGGAGGCGCUUGGUCCUGUUCCUGUUAAGUGUUUAUACGGUAUCUUCUAUUUGUAGUAAGAAACAAAUAAAAACAAUCUAUUUCUUUAGUGACGCUUUUGUAAAUAUAUAUCUGUAUUUUUACAAUGGAUAUGAGAUGCUGUCUGUUUCUCCGUUUUGCUCUACUUGCUAUUUGUGCCAUUUUAUGUACUGUGGACAUUUCUGCCGGUGAAAAACAAUAUCUCAAUGAAUGGGCAGUGGAGAUCCCUGGAGGCUCUGAUGCUGCCAGAGCUAUAGCUGAAGAAUUAGACUAUGAAUUAGUCAGACAGAUCGGAUCACUUGAAAACCACUAUUUAUUUAAACACCAAAGUCACCCAAGAAGAUCUAAAAGAAGUGCAGAUCACUUCACCAAGAGGCUAUCGGAGGACGAAAGGGUGUCCUGGGCAGAGCAGCAGUAUGAGAAGCAGAGAAGAAAACGGACUCCCCUUCGAGACUGUAUAGACUGCACAGCGGAGAAGCUGUUUGAUGACCCAAUGUGGAACCAGCAGUGGUAUCUGCAAGACACAAGGACCUCACCCUCACUGCCCAAACUGGACCUCCAUGUUAUCCCAGUGUGGAAGAAGGGAAUCACAGGCAAAGGCGUCGUCAUAACUGUGCUGGACGAUGGGCUGGAAUGGAACCACACUGACAUCUUCAGGAACUACGAUCCAGAAGCAAGCUUCGAUUUCAAUGACAACGAUCCAGACCCCUUUCCACGAUACGACCCAACCAAUGAAAACAAGCACGGCACCCGGUGUGCAGGAGAGAUCGCGAUGCAGGCGGAUAACAAUAAGUGUGGAGUAGGGGUGGCUUACAACUCAAAAGUAGGAGGGAUUAGGAUGCUGGACGGGAUAGUGACAGACGCCAUUGAGGCCAGCUCCAUUGGGUUCCACCCGGAUCAUGUGGACAUCUACAGUGCCAGCUGGGGGCCCAACGACGACGGCAAAACUGUGGAGGGGCCUGGACGGCUCGCACAGAAGGCCUUUGAAUACGGCAUUCAGAAGGGCCGUGGUGGAAAAGGCUCCAUCUUUGUGUGGGCGUCUGGGAACGGGGGUCGUCAGGGGGACAACUGUGACUGUGACGGCUACACAGACAGCCUCUACACCAUCUCCAUCAGCAGUGCUUCACAGCAGGGCCUGUCUCCCUGGUACGCAGAGAAGUGCUCCUCAACGCUGGCUACAGCCUACAGCAGCGGAGACUACACUGACCAGAGGAUUACCAGUGCAGACCUUCACAACGAAUGCACGGAGACCCACACUGGAACCUCUGCCUCAGCGCCAUUGGCUGCAGGGAUUUUCGCCCUCGCCCUCGAACAAAACCCCAGCCUCACCUGGAGGGAUCUGCAGCACUUGGUGGUCUGGACAUCGGAGUAUGACCCUCUGGCCAGCAAUCAAGGCUGGAAGAAGAACGGGGCGGGGCUAAUGGUCAAUAGCAGGUUUGGGUUCGGCCUUCUCAACGCUAAAGCGCUGGUCGACCUGGCUGAUCCCAAAGUCUGGAAGCACGUGCCAGAGAAGAAGCAGUGCAUUGUCAAAGACGAGACCUUUGAACCCAGGGCUUUGAAAGCUGCUGGCGAAAUCAUCAUCGAAAUCCCCACGAAAGCUUGUGCUGGCCAAGAAAAUGUCAUUAAAUCCCUGGAGCAUGUUCAGCUGGAGUCCAGCAUUGAAUACACACGGAGAGGAGACCUUCACAUUACUCUGACAUCCCCUUCAGGUACAAGCACAGUUCUGCUGGCAGAGAGGGAGAGGGACACCUCUUCCAACGGCUUCAAGAACUGGGACUUCAUGUCAGUGCACACCUGGGGGGAGGAUCCUACAGGCACCUGGACAUUAAGCAUAACCGAUGUGUCAGGAAGAAUGGAGAAUGAGGGCAGGAUUGUGAACUGGAAGCUGAUCUUACACGGGACGUCCACGAUGCCGGAUCACAUGCAGAAGCCACGGGUUUACACCCCUUACAACGCUGUGCAGAAUGACAGGAGAGGAGUGGAGAAAAUGGGUGACUCAGAGGAGGAUGCCACAGAAGACAGUGAGACCUUGAAUGAGAAACACCGGGAGGACACAACCGCCGAUGCCAAGGUGGAGGAGAGGGCACCCUCGGAAGCCCUGAUGAGGCUGCUGCAGAGCGCCUUCAACAAACAGACUGCCCAAAGCGAGAGCCACAACAACGAGCAGUUCCGCAUCCCAUAUCACAACUUCUACCAAGCGCUUGACAAACUAAACAAGUAUUCCCAGCAGCAGGACUCCGAGGACAACCUGUACAACGAUUACAGCGACGCGUUUUACAACAACAAGCCCUACAGGCACAGGGAUGAUAGACUGCUGCAGGCCUUCUUUGACAUCCUUGCCCAAGACAACCAAUAGGCGUCCAUGUGUUGAAAAUAAUCACCUGCCAGAGCUCCAUUCAGGGUUAAUUCUGAGUUUUAGUUAUUUAAUAUACAGUAUCAACAAAAGAGAGUAUUGAGCUGCAUAGCCAGCGUCACACAGCAGAGUCAAUGUUCUGAAUCUGGAGUGUGGAGCUGGCUCGUAGCCCAUUAUUUUUGAAAUCUAAUACGAAACUAAACUGUCUGUCAGGAACGUACAGAAAGUAUUUCAUUGCGUUCCUGACAAGGCUACAGUCGUUUGUUGAUUGUUUGUAUUAAAAUCAAGUGAAUUCCAUGAGGUAAAGUUUGAUAAGGCUUGUUUUUCAUUUUUCAAAUUCCCUCACAAUAGACUCCAACCACAAUACCUGAAAUAAAAAGAUAUCUCCCGGGUUUCAAACCCAGCUUUUUAUGUGAGCCAUUGGUAGACAACUGAGUUAUUCUAACCUUGUCUAAUGCUAUACCUUCAUCCUGAUAUCAUUGCCCAAGUGUGUAGCUGCGUACCAGUAGUUACUGUGUGUGCUUGAAUGCACAGACUCGGGGUUAUAAUUACCUGAGUCAGGAUGUAGUUACGCUGCCUCAGAAUUCAAUUAAGUGAUAAAGUCAUUGAUGUAGAAUGUAAUUACGGUACGGCGUGAUUUCAUUAUGUGGUUUCUUCGGAAGUGCAAUUAGGUGAUUGUGUCAAUCAAAGUGGUACGAGAGAUACAUCUGGAGCUUUGCAAGUACCAACUCCCUGUAGAAAAUACACAUUCAAAUGCUACUGAUGUGGAAUAGCAAAUAAGUCGUAUUUAUGAUUUUCCAAUAAGAUAAAUCCCUGAUCUUAUUCUGUCUUUCCUGGUGUGCUGUGAAGACAUACAUAACUUUGAUUUCCGACGCAGGUUCAUUCAUUUUACAUUAUGUUUAAUGGGGUAGCUUACUGUCACAACUCACUUGGGCUCUAAAAAAAAAUCAAAUUCUUUCCUCUAAUUAGCGGAUUAUCACUGUCUCCCUUUUUUCUUCUGUUGAAGAUAUUUUGGUUCUUUGGUCGUAUUUUGUAUUUUAAUUUGGACUAUGCAGAUGCUAAACAACGCUAGAUGCUAAUGCUUCCUGGGUUCUUAAUUGAUUCACAUGUUGUGGAAUAAACUCAAUAUAAAGGUCUCGCUGCAAUCAGAUCAUGUGACAUACAUGAUUGCAAUUUAUCUACAGUGAAAUAUGUGCAUAUCCUGAGUUAACAUAAAAAACGCAACUUAAAGACUCUCAGUGCAAAAAAGGCAGACCAGUGACAAUGUAAAUACAGCUAAUAAGAGAUGACAAAGUGUUGGUUAGCACUCCUUUGACAAAGGUUCCCUCUUCCAAGUCUGGGUUGUUUAAUAUGUAUACACUUGUUGUUUAUUGUCUUUGGUAAUGUUUGUAUAAAUAUUUGCAAAACAACAAAAUUCUAUUAGCUGACCAUAAACCGCAUGAAUACUUUUUUGAGAAGCUCCAAACCUUUUUCAGGGAUUGAGAAAAGUUUGACACCUUAUUUAAUGAAUCAAGACAGGGAUUAGUUGUUAGUUCCAUAAUGAUUCAGCACCCUGGAAGUUUCAUCUUUAGCAUCUCCCAUUAUAAUCUCAUUUAAGACAGCUCAGCUUGCAGGUGUAAUUACUGCUGGAGAUUGUCAUGGCAAUCUGCUGCCUGAUUAAACAAAAAGUACAUAUGAGUGUAGGAUUUGUAUUUUAGAGUUAGGGCCUGGUGUUCUAAAGCUGGUAAAUAUACAUUAGUUACUAUUCAAUUUAUAAAUUCAAAAUAUAAUAAAUACAUAUAUUAUUAUACACAUAACCUGGUUUAUCCAAAAUGCCAUCUAACAGAGUAUUGAUUGUUCUGAGAACAUUGUCGUUAUAGUGUUAAGUUCAAUGUAACUGCUAUGAAGUUAUUGUACUGUAGUUUGAAGUGUAUACUCAAUGUCAUUUAACAAGAAAGAGAUUAGGUCCUCAGUUGGUUUCAAGAUCCUAAAACGAUGACCACUUUAUUGGGGCAUGCUCUGUAUCCUGGGACAGACCUGUGGCAGGUAAAUAUUUUCAACCCGUAAACUUGAUGUAUUGAGUAGAGUAUUUUUAUUGUUGUCAUCUUAGUGCCUCCUGUGAUUUUUCUGUGAAAAAAAAAAUGUGAAUGCAUAAAAAUCUUCGAAAUGAUAUUUUCAAAAUAUAUUUUCUUUACUUAUUUAUAGUACUGUAUACCUGAAACAAACAGCACAACCUUAUGAAAAACAAAAAAACAAACAAAAAGAAAAAAAUACAGUAUAUAUCAAAGAUCAGGAACCCAGUGUAUCUUCCAAUUCCUAAGCAAGCAUUCUCCAAUAAAAUCGUGUGGCUUUUUUUUAAAUAAGGAUGCUGUGUUGUUUGAGCAUCGUAGUGGUUUUGAUUUUUUUAAGUACUGUAUGUGAUGUUAAUAUUCCCAGUUCUUUCUGAUUAGUAUGAUCUGUCUCUUAAGUCUAAUACAGCAUGUGAAAUAUGUUGCAGAAUCCA